CACACAUAUAGGACAGUACACAUAAUAAUAGUUGAGGUUUCCACUUUCCAUUGUAGAAAGGGCAUCAUUUGCAUAUGAAUAAGGGUAAGUGAGUGAGUUAGUGUGUGCCACUCUAAUGCACGUGGUUGAGUCUUCACUCUGCAGUUGGUGGCAACAACAAGGUUCUCAAUUUAUAUUUCACAACACAAUCCAACACUAUUUAUUACUACUAAAAGAAACAAGAGAAGAGAAGAGAAGAGAAGAGUGAAGAGUGAAGACCCCUUAUUUAUUAAUUCCCUCUCACCUGCUUCCCUUUCCAGCAAAGCUACAGCCACCAUUUCCACCAUCCUCCAUUUACAUUUACUCUCCCAUUCCUCCUUGCCUUCCAUUCCCUCUCUCUCUCCACUUCAAGCUCACAUUUUUAUCCCACCAUUUCCACCCCACAAACAUCAAAUCAUACAAAUCGAACAAGGGAUUAAAAGGGUUACUUUAUUAGUCCACAGAACUUUCCAAGUAAUCAUUUUUAUUUUCUUCUUUUUUUUCUCUUUCUUCUCCAAGCUCGGCCCCCUUUAUUGAGGAUGCUCCCCGUUGGUGAUGAUGAUGCUGAUGUUCAUGUUCUUCGUUUCUCAUUGGUUCAACAGUUGCAAAGACUCAAACUUUGCAGCUGAGAGGAAACAACAACCACAACCUCCACCGCAAUUUGGUUCCAACAGUGAUAAUAAUGCCUAACGGGUAAUCACAUUCCCACCGACGACGCCUCUGUUUCGAGAGCAUGAGAAAACACCGCCAAAUUAACCUCUUUCAUGCUCUGUUAUGCUCCAUUCUCUUCUUGGUUUCUUGUGUAACGGUAUCACCAGCCACUGAGAGAGAGAUUCUGCAACAAUUCAAGGGCAACAUCACAGAGGACCCUUUCAACAGCUUGAGUUCAUGGGUUUCCAGUGGAAACCCCUGCCAAGAUUACAGAGGUGUUUUCUGCAACGAUGAAGGUUCUGUGGAAAGGAUCAUUCUUUGGAACACUAGCUUGGCUGGGGUGUUGUCUCCAGCAUUGUCUGGUUUGAAGAGGUUGAGGACAUUGACAUUGUUUGGGAACCGGUUCAAGGGUAACAUCCCAGAUGAUUAUGCUGAUCUUCACACAUUGUGGAAGAUCAAUUUGAGCUCCAAUGCGUUAUCUGGUUCAAUCCCAGAGUUCAUUGGUGAUUUGCCAAACAUUCGGUUUCUAGAUUUGUCCAAGAAUGGCUUCACUGGGGAGAUACCUUCAGCCUUGUUCAGAUACUGUUACAAAACCAGGUUUGUGUCUCUUUCUCAUAACAACCUUGCUGGUCCAAUUCCUGUGUCAUUGGAGAAUUGCUCCAACCUUGAAGGAUUUGAUCUUUCUUACAAUAAUCUGACCGGUGCUGUCCCUUCGCGGGUUUGUGAUAUUCCGAGCUUGUCAUAUGUGUCACUGAGAAGCAAUGCCUUAUCAGGGAGUGUGAAAGGUCUCAUAUCACCUUGCCGGAGCUUGAAACAUUUGGAUUUCGGUAGUAAUAUGUUCACAGAUUUGGCUCCAUUCAGCAUCCUUGAAAUGCAAAAUCUUACUUAUUUCAAUAUAUCAUAUAAUAGGUUUGGAGGAAAUAUUUCUGAGAUCACAACCUGUAGUGAGAGAUUAGAAUUCUUUGAUGGUUCCGGGAAUGAUUUGGAUGGAGAAUUUCCCUCCAGCAUAAUUAGAUGCAAGAACCUAAAGCUCUUGGCCUUGGAGUUGAAUAGGCUGAAAGGGAGUAUCCCAGUUGAUAUUCAGGAAUUGCAAAAACUACUAGUUAUCAGAUUGGGUAAUAACUCAAUAAGUGGAAUGAUUCCCAAAGGUUUUGGCAACAUUGAGCUGCUUGAAGUUCUAGAUUUGCACAAUCUAAACCUCAUUGGUGAAAUUCCUGCUGACAUAAGCAAUUGCAGAUUUCUUCUUCAGUUGGACCUUUCUGGUAAUAGCUUAGAGGGUGAGAUUCCUCAGACCCUAUACAACAUGACAUACUUGGAAUCCCUCGACUUACAUCAGAACCGGCUCAAUGGAAGCAUACCACCAAGCCUAGGAAACCUGUCAAAGUUGCAAUACCUAGAUCUGUCACAUAAUUCACUAUCUAGUUUAAUCCCAUCUUCUCUUGGAAAUUUAGGAAACAUGACUCAUUUUGAUCUUUCAUUCAACAAUCUAUCCGGUCUCAUUCCUCAAAUUGAAACCAUACAGCGUUUUGGUCCAUCUGCUUUUUCCAAUAAUCCUUUUCUCUGUGGUGCUCCUUUGGUCACCUCUUGCUCGGCGAAUGGAACUCCGUCACCUUCAGCACCUGGGAAGACUAAAGUUCUAAGCAUCUCAGCAAUUGUUGCGAUUGUUGCUGCAGCUCUGAUCCUUGCAGGGGUUUGUUUGGUAACCAUCAUGAAUAUUAGGGCUCGUCGUAGAAAAAAAGACAGUGAUGAGAUCAUGGUUGUUGAGAGCACACCCCUUGGAUCAUCAACAGAAUCAAAUGUUAUAAUUGGAAAGCUGGUUCUGUUUAGCAAAAGUUUACCAUCAAAAUAUGAAGAUUGGGAGGCAGGUACAAAAGCAUUGCUUGACAAAGAGUCUAUAAUAGGUGGUGGAUCAAUUGGAACAGUGUACAGAACUGAUUUUGAAGGCGGCAUCUCAAUUGCAGUGAAGAAGCUUGAGACUUUGGGAAGGAUCCGAAACCAGGAAGAAUUCGAGCACGAGAUUGGACGAUUAGGCAACCUCCAACACCCAAAUUUGGUUUCUUUACAAGGUUACUAUUGGUCCUCUUCAAUGCAAUUGAUUCUAUCAGAGUUUGUCCCUAAUGGGAAUCUCUAUGAUAAUCUACAUGGGAUUGGAUAUCCCGGAACAAGCACUAGCAGUAGCAACAGGGAGUUAUAUUGGUCUAGAAGGUUCCAAAUCGCACUUGGUACUGCAAGAGCACUUGCCUAUCUUCACCAUGACUGCAAACCUCCAAUUCUUCAUCUCAACAUUAAAUCCUCUAACAUACUCUUAGAUCACAAGUAUGAGGCUAAGUUGUCUGAUUAUGGUUUAGGAAAGUUGCUCCCCAUUUUGGACAAUUACGGUCUGACCAAGUUCCACAAUGUCGUCGGCUAUGUCGCACCAGAAUUGGCUCAAAGCCUAAGGCAGAGUGAGAAGUGUGAUGUAUACAGUUUUGGGGUGAUUCUUUUGGAGCUGGUUACAGGUAGGAAGCCAGUAGAAAGUCCAACAACAAGUGAGGUGGUCAUCUUAUGUGAAUAUGUAAGAAGUUUGUUAGAGGUUGGUUCAGCUUCAAAUUGCUUUGACAGAAACUUAUUGGGAUUUGCUGAGAAUGAGUUAAUUCAGGUUAUGAAGUUGGGAUUAAUUUGUACCUCGGAGGAUCCAUUAAGGAGACCAAGCAUGGCUGAGGUUGUCCAGGUCCUUGAGUCCAUUAGAAAUGGAUUGGGAGUACACUAAGCUACUUGCUAAUUGGUUGUGUUAUAGAAGCAGCAAGACAAAAAUUCUUUUUCAUUCAUUUUUAUAUUGUCAUUAUUUUUUUUUCCUCUUCAUAGAAUUGGGUACAUUUUGCAAUAAAAGGCAUUUGUUUCAUUCCAUUGUCUCAGGUGUUUUCAAGUGGAAAACAAAAAUUGCACAUUGUAUUUGAAAAUGAAAAUGCUUGGAAUUACUGAUCA